CGAAGGUCUCAGGCCAGCCCGCACUCAGCGUCCACAGAGGGCGCCACUCCUGCUCCCGCGCAGACAGCGAGCCUUCCCUCCUCGCUUCGCCUGCACAGGACAAAGGGGGCGGGGAGAGAGAAAACUCCGGCCACGAUCCGCUCUACGGACCACGUUCCCGCUUUGUCGUGACCUUGUUUGCCCCUUUCCAAAGCACCCCCCGUAGGACCUUCGUUCUUCUUCUUCUUUCCCGCGGAAAGCGACGCCCCCUCCCUGGCCCUAUGAAGAAGCCUUUUAGUCCUCCCCCCCACGCAUUUUGCGCCGGAUGGCCGGGCUGGGAGCUACUCCGUUCUUUCUUUUCUAGCUCUAUGGUCCUGCGCGCCAGAGUCUUCCCGAGCAUCUUUCUAAACCUCGCAUAUCCGUAGGCAAGAAGAUGUCCUUGGUUCCUUAUGACGAAAAAGCUCUUUGGGGGAUGCAGAAGUUCCAUCAGUCAUCUUCUACGUACCAUUUUGCCAACCGCACUAUCCAAAUCAAGCAGGACUGGAAGCAGCUAGGUGUUGCUGCUGUGGUAUGGGAUGCGGCUGUGGUGCUGUGCACAUUCUUGGAGACAGGAGGUAUUGAUCUACAAGGGCGCUCAGUAAUUGAGUUAGGUGCUGGAACAGGCUUGCUCGGAAUUGUAGCUGUGCUGCUUGGUGCUCAUGUUACAAUUACAGACAGAAAAGCAGCCUUGACGCUCCUUGAAUUGAAUGUGCAAGCUAAUCUGCCUGAUGACCUUCAGCUAAGAGCCAUGGUCAAGGAACUGACUUGGGGACAAGAUUUAGUGAGCUUCUCUCCAGGAGGAUAUGAUUUCAUUUUGGGUGCCGACAUUGUUUAUCUGGAAGAAACGUUUACAGAUCUUCUUCAAACCCUGGACUAUCUUUGCUCUGAGCAGACCGUGAUUCUCUUAUCUUGCCGCCUCCGCUAUGAACGGGACCAGAAGUUCCUCAUGAUGAUGAAAGGACUUUUUUCAGUUCAAGAAGUGUUCUAUAACCCUGAUAAUGAUGUGCAUAUAUUCAAAGCACAGAGGAAAGUCCUGAAGAGAGAUCUGUGAUUUGUUAUUGUGCGUUCUUAUGUCCUCCCAGACAGAACUUAGAAAUGUUAAUUUGGGGGGGGGGGGUUGCAGUUUCCAGAAUCUCCCAGCCAGUAUAGUUUUGGACAAAGCUGGGGGAGUCUAAGAGUUGUAAUCCAAAAAGUUUUUUUUUUCCCCAAACUCUACCUCCCAUCCCUGUACACCUGAACCAAAGAUUUUCACUUAAGCAUUCUUCCCAAACCCCUUUGCUGAUUUGUAUCAUUCUCAUGGUGCCGAUUCAGACCAACAAAAAGGCCCAAUUAAUGAUCCGGGGUGAAAAUGUAGCGAAGCCUUCAAGUUGGGAACUCUAGAAACCUUUGGCGGUAAAUAUGGGAACAAUCAAAGUAGCUUCAGAACAGGGACAUUUAACUUCUGUUUUAUCACUGAUAAAGAAUAUGGCUGGAAGGAUAAAUUUGGUGAUGUCUUCAAACGGAGGGGGGAGGGAAAGGCAAUUAUUGAUUUCAUUCCAUUUAAAGUGGUUGCACAGGAAUAGGAUUGGCCAAAUCUGGCCAUCCAGAUGUUGUUGGACUACAGUUCCCAUCAGCUUAACCAGUAUAGCCAAAGUUUGAUUUCCCACUGUGCCUCCUAGGAGUCUUGGGCAAACUACGUGGUCCCAGAGUGCCCAGGAAGAAGGGGCUAGUGAACUGCAUCUGAGAACGUUAUGCCUAGGAAACCCUGAGAAGAGUUGCCACAAGUCAGAAUAAACUUAACUGCAUCCA